AUGCAACCCUCUUCGUCUGCAGUAAACUUUACUGCUCUUCUCAAUCCUUCUCCUCCUUCUCCCUCAUCUUCCUCACCUGUUCCCAACACCGUGGCCACCGCUACAUCGAAACCAUCAACAGCCACCGCCGCCGGCACACAGACAACGAACACUUCGUCGAGCACCACUCAGACCGACGGUAACAUGGCUGCCGCCGUCAGCCUACUGCCAUCUACCAUGGCCCCUCAAGCGAACGCGGAGGAGAGACAAGAUCUCCCUCGCCCCUACAAAUGCCCUCUGUGCGAUCGAGCCUUUCACCGCUUGGAACACCAGACAAGACACAUCCGAACACACACAGGGGAGAAGCCUCAUGCUUGCCAGUUCCCUGGAUGUAGUAAGCGUUUUAGUCGAUCCGACGAGUUGACUCGACACUCACGGAUUCACAACAAUCCCAACUCGCGCCGUAACCAGAAGACUCACCAAAUCGCCGCCGCCGCAGCCCUUUCUGGUCUGCAGGAUGGGUCCAACCAGAACAUGUCUGUCCAGGCUCAGAUGAUGCCGCCACCCAAGAACGGCAUGCAACGAUCUGCUCCGGCAUCUGCUGCUGGGUCGCCCAAUGUCUCACCGCCGCACUCUUUUGCAGUACAUGCCUCGCACGUUCCUACACCAUUAGGCCCCUUUGGUCGCCUCGACGAUAGGAACAGCAUGGACAUUAACUUGCUCGCUUCCGCUGCGUCGCAAAUUGAGCGAGAUGACCAAGUCACACGUGUGCCUUACCAGCAUCAACAUCAUCUGUUUAGCCAUCGCAAUCACAACAGCAACGGUCGCCUUCCAUCCCUUUCAGCAUAUGCUAUCUCGCAAUCCAUGUCCAGAUCACAUUCACAGGAAAAUCAUGACGAUGACCACCGACAUAAGCGAUCCAGGCCGAACUCGCCUCAUUCAACCGCUCCUUCGUCGCCCACAUUCUCUCACGAGUCGAUUUCGCCUACUCCAGACCACACACCUUUGGCCACCCCAGGGCAUUCACCUCGUCUCCGACCUCAUGGCAGCGAACUCCAACUUCCGGGUCUACGACAUCUUUCGCUAGGUCAUACUCCCCUUCUGGCUCCGAUGGAACCACAGGCGGACGGAUCUUAUUCCCAUAUCCCACCCCCACAACAUAGCGGGCCUUCAAUUGCAGACAUCGUCACCGGUACACAACGCAAACUCCCCGUGCCACAGCUUCCCAAGCUUGGAAUAUCGGACAUUUUGCAUGCUCCGAAUGGCCUGAGUUCUGGCGAGUCAAGUACGGCAGCCUCCGUGAACGGAGACUUUUCAAGAUGA